CUAAAGUUGAUACUACGUUCAAUUUAUAAUUUGAAAAGUUAUACCUUUGGAAGAACAUUAAGCAAUUAACAGUACUCAGGCAAUGAUUAAUUUAAAAAUGGACAUUUCUAAUAUUACAUUGGAGAGAAAAGAAGAUACAAUUUUGUAUAUUUCGUCACCACACAUAAACGAAUUAUAUUGCAUAAUUUGUGAAAAUGAUUUUAUUGAAUUUCGUGAAUCAUCCGCAAAAUCAAAUUUUCAUUGGCAAACAUUGAAAUGCCGAUUACUCAUUCAUUUAGUUUCUGAUGUAAUUGCUUCGCCAAUAUUAGGCACCGAAAAAUAUAUAUUUGUUAUUACACAUAAAAUGUUUUUUGAAAGUGGAAAGUUAAAACAAAUUUUAAAAUAUUUGAAGCUAGUGUAUCUAGGAUUAAAACCAGUUACAGACGAAGUUUAUAAAAACUGUCUUUUUUAUACAAUACAAACUAAAAUAGCACCUCGAUGGAACAAAGUUGGCCAAUUCUUGCUUCAAGGAAAAGAAUUCUAUAAUUAUGUCAAGUCAAUUAGAGCAUUAAAAUUAAAUAUUCGUUUGCAAGACAAGAAUGUUUGUUUAAUACUUCAUGCCAAAAGAGUUAAUACGCCAUAUGUAAAACUUGAAGAUUAUCUCCCAUCGUCUGUUGUAUCUCAGUUUUUAGCAGAUCCCAAAGGAUAUAUUGAUUUAUCUUAUUAUAAUUUACCAUUUGUACAUGUUUUGCCAAGUAUGAAAAGAGGCAAAUUAUUAUCUGUAUCUAAAGAGAUUCCACCAACAUGUGUUUUUAAAGAUUAUAAUCAAAUGCGUAGACACUGGAAAAAUAUGUAUGGAUAUUCUUUACCAAAAAGUAACGAUGGAAUUUUAUAUUUUGAAAUUAAAUUUCCAGUACCAAGGUUGCAUACAUUCAUUUAUCCUCAUAUAUGUAUCAUUUCUGGCUCAAUAGAUAUUCUUCCAAGUAGAGAUAAAGAACUCAUUGUUACACAGUUUAUAUCUGAUAUGCUUGCAAAAUUACCUACAAUUUGUGGUAACCAGUUGAAAAUAUCCAAACAUGCUUUCCAUGAUACAAGCACCUUAAAUACAAAUACAACAUCUGAUGGACUGUUACAAAAUAAACAAUUAAUUACGCCUCUCAAGAGAAAAUAUGAUCCCAGUUCAACUAUGCCAUUAGAGCUUUCUGCUAGAUACUUAGCACCAGAUGAAAGCCGGAAAGAUUUAACAUUAAAAGAAAAAUUAUUAAUAGCUAAAUCUAAUGAUAAUAUAGAAAUAGCCCCACAAGAAAAGGAUCAAUAUGAAGAUGUAGAAGUAAUGGCUAAACGUAAUAAAUUAUACAUGGUAAAAAAUAGUGUCUUGAGUAUGUGGUUGAAAGAACAUUCAAUUCCACAUAAUUCCAAAGCAACAAAACUAGAUCUUAUUAAUAAAAACUAUGAAGGUAUUACAGAAUAA